AUGGGCGAAAACACUACAGCCGGCGACGAGGUUUCCAUUCAGGUAGGAGAGCUCAAAGUCCAGGGCUUCAUCCAUCCCAGCACAAAGGUUGCGAAUUAUCUGGGCAUUCAAUAUGCGACCAUACCUGCACGGUUCCGACAAUCCAAAGCCACGCAUCUUUCGGCGCUGAAAGGUGUCCUGGACGCGACUCAGUAUGGGCCGCGAUGCCCGCAGCUCACCGUCAAUCGCCCCGAAACAGCUCACCUAUACGAAGGAGUGCGACGGAGUUCUGAGUACCCGGUGGACGAGUUUGGCUGUCUAAGGCUGAACAUCUAUGUGCCUCAAGACUCGGAUGGCCCUCUGCCCGUGGUGGUGUGGAUUCACGGCGGAGGGUUCAUCUUCGGAGAUGGCAACUCCGAGUUCGACGGGAACUACCUCGUCCAGCACUCCGUCGAGAAGAGCAAACCUGUCAUUUACGUGGCGAUGAACUAUCGACUGGGGUUCUUUGGCUUUCUGGCGUCCAAGGAACUGAGGGCCGAAGCCGAGGCAAGCGGUGAGACGCCCUUUUCCAACAUGGCCAUGCACGAUCAACGGGUCGCGCUGCUCUGGAUUCAGGAGCAUAUCCAGCACUUCGGGGGCGACCCGGCAAACGUGACCAUAGCCGGCGAGUCCGCUGGUGGAUGGAGUGUGCUUGCCCAUCUGAGAUCGGACGUCCCCGUCUGUCGAAGAGGCAUCAUUCUAUCCAGUCCCAACCUCGACUAUCCCAGGCCCGAGGAAGCGCAAGAGACGUUCGAUGAGCUGGUGGCCAGUGCGGGCGUGGCGGAGUCUGCGUCUGCGGAGGAGAAAUUAAGAGCCCUACGCGACCUGGACUCGAUGCAGGUCGUGAAGCUGAUGGUGCCCCGACUGGCGACCCCGCUGUGGGACGACAAGUGGUUUGUAUAUCAAGACGGGAAGAGGCCCAUCGCGGGCCCUGCCCCCUUUGCGCCGUGGGUCGAGGGCGUGGUCGUGGGCUCGACGAGAGACGAGGCUGCCCUGUUCGGCCUUGGGCAAUGGAAGACGUGGACGUCGCAGCAGUUCGAAGACCGUGUGUUGUCUUCGUUCUCGGAUCGCCAGCUCGCCCAAGAACUGGCCGACGCGUAUGGCAUCUCCGCCGCAGCACCGGCCGAGAAGUGUCUUGCGGGCUUCGUGGCCAUGGCGACCGACAGCAUCUUCUCGGGCCUGCCGUACAUCAUUGCGGAGCAUUCUGCCGAGUCUUCUCCGCCGGUCAGCCUGUACCGAUUCGACCAGGCCGACACGUUCGAGCAGAGCCCGCUCAAGGGAUACGCGUACCAUGCCCUCGACAAUCCCUUCUUCUGCCGCCUCCCCGCGGUCGCGGGUCCCAACGCCGACCCCAACGUGCGAGAGACGGCGGACCGCCUAUCCCAGGCGACACUUGAUUUCGCAUAUGGUUCACAGCCAUGGCCGGUCUACGGGACGAAGCACACAAUCUUGGUCUUCAACGGCAUGGAGACGCGUUCUGAAGAGCUGACUGAACAGGAUCGAUGGAGAAGGAUCACCAUGUCGGGGGACCUGGCGAGGGCCAAGGGCACGUGGAGGUCUGGGAAUAAGUUGCUUGGGAUCCGACACAGUUCGAUGGACAAGGCGUGA